UUACUGGCUGAUCUCUGUUCCGACUCUGUCUCGGCCGAUUCUUCGGCAUCAAAUAGUACCGGCAGCGUUCCCUUCCCUCUUCUGCUCUCUCUCUCUCGCUCCAUUUUCCUUCUUCCUCAUCUUCACCUUCCCCUGCAACUCUCUCUCUCUGGUGGCGGAGGAAGUUCAGAGAUGAGCUUCGCGAAGAAGGAGUACGAGUUCCUGACGGAGAUCGGCAUCGGCCCCCGCAACUUGGGAGGAUACGUCAGCGGUGCGUGGAAGGCUAGUGGCCCUGUCGUCUCCACCGUCAAUCCCGCCAACAAUCAGGUAAUUGCUGAGGUUGUUGAGGCAUCCAUUGAAGAAUAUGAAGAAGGAAUGCGGGCCUGCUCUGACGCAGCAAAAAUAUGGAUGCAAGUACCUGCACCAAAAAGAGGUGAGAUUGUUAGACAGAUUGGCGAUGCACUGAGAGCCAAACUCCAGCAGCUGGGUCGCCUUGUCUCACUUGAAAUGGGAAAAAUACUUCCUGAAGGAAUUGGUGAGGUUCAGGAGAUUAUUGAUAUGUGCGACUUUGCCGUGGGAUUGAGUCGUCAACUGAAUGGAUCAGUUAUACCGUCAGAACGUCCUAAUCAUAUGAUGUUGGAGAUGUGGAAUCCUCUUGGUGUAGUUGGCGUAAUUACAGCUUUUAAUUUCCCAUGCGCUGUUCUUGGAUGGAAUGCCUGCAUUGCUCUAGUAUGCGGCAACUGUGUUGUUUGGAAAGGUGCUCCAACAACUCCUUUGGUCACGAUAGCAAUGACUAAGGUAGUAGCUGGUGUUCUAGAGAAGAACAAUCUACCAGGUGCUAUUUUCACUUCAUUUUGUGGCGGUGCUGAAAUUGGUCAGGCGAUAGCAAAAGAUACCCGCAUUCCUUUGGUUUCAUUCACCGGAAGUUCUAAGGUUGGCUUAAAGGUCCAACAGACAGUGAAUGAGAGAUAUGGGAAAUGCUUGCUUGAAUUAAGCGGAAACAAUGCUAUCAUUGUAAUGGAUGAUGCAGAUAUUCAGUUGGCUGUUCGCUCUGUUCUAUUUGCUGCUGUUGGGACAGCUGGACAACGCUGUACAACAUGCCGUAGACUGCUCCUCCAUGAAAGCAUAUACCAAAGAGUACUUGAUCAACUUGUUGAUGUGUACAAACAAGUUAAAAUUGGGGAUCCUCUAGAGAAGGGAAAUCUACUUGGACCACUGCAUACUGCUGCCUCAAGGAAGAACUUCAGAAAUGGGAUUGAGGUUAUUAAGUCUCAGGGAGGGAAGAUCCUUACUGGGGGCUCAGUUAUUGAGUCUGAUGGCUACUUCGUGCAGCCCACAAUAGUAGAGAUUUCACCAGAUGCAGCAGUUGUUAAGGAAGAGCUGUUUGCUCCAGUGCUUUAUGUUAUGAAAUUUCAGACUUUAAAGGAAGCCAUUGAAAUAAACAACUCGGUACCCCAAGGACUAAGUAGCUCCAUCUUCACACGAAGACCAGACGUCAUCUUCAAGUGGAUAGGGCCACAAGGGAGCGACUGUGGAAUAGUGAAUGUCAAUAUACCGACAAAUGGGGCCGAGAUUGGAGGCGCUUUUGGGGGGGAAAAGGCCACUGGAGGAGGCCGUGAAGCUGGAAGUGACUCGUGGAAGCAGUAUAUGCGACGCUCUACUUGCACAAUCAAUUACGGCAGUGAACUACCACUGGCUCAGGGAAUUAACUUCUGCUAGUAAAUCCACCUCACCGCCAAAAGGUAAGGAACCGACCCCUCUCCAGCCCAUCGGAAGUCAUCACCUCGGCUCAACGCUUUGGGACUUGGGCAAGGACAUGGCAUUAGUUCCAAAUCUACUCUUAGUACUGAAAGGGGGACCAAAAAGUAUUAUAUCAAUAAAUUGAAAGGAAAUUGUUAUUUUUAACUA